AUGCGCAAAGAAGCGCGGAGAAUGGCCAUGUUCGAGGCGGAACAGCCAGUGCUCAAGUCUCUGCCUCUGGCGGUUCAACAAAAGCAGAUCGUGGUAACUUGUAACUACGAAGCUCGACGGCGAGGGCUGCGCAAACUGCAGCUGAUCAAGGAAGCGAAGCAGAUCUGUCCGGACGUAGUCAUUGUUUUGGGUGAAGACCUCACCAGAUUCCGCAAUGCUUCCAAGGAGCUCUAUCUCUUUCUCCGGGACUUUGUCUGGGGAAAGCGAGUUGAGAAAUUGGGGUUCGAUGAGGUUUUUCUCGAUGUGUCCGACAUGGUUACCUACAAUGUCGAGAUGCUGAAUCGUAAUGACCUCAAAAACUCAUUCUUUCACCUUGACCGUCGAGAUCCCACAGUGGGUUUUACGUACGAUGCGACAGACUUUCAAGGACACACCUAUCCAGCUGUCCCCGACGUUGUAACAGACGCGGGCUCGGAGUGGCUUCGCAUUAGACUGUUGGUUGCGUCGCAUUUGGCAGCUUAUCUUCGAAACCAGCUCGAGUACCAGAAGGGCUACACUGCCACUGUGGGCAUUUCCACAUCAAAGCUUCUCGCAAAGCUAGUCGGAAACACACAUAAGCCCACCAGUCAGACAACUCUUCUGCCGCCUUAUACUGUGGCGGAGCAUGGGGCGAAAAGCAACGUGCUACACUUCCUUGAUGCUCAUGAGAUCAGAAAAAUCCCUGGAAUAGGCUUGAAAAUUGCGCAUAGGAUCAAAUCAUUCCUUACUACGGCUGUAGCUGGGGCCGGAACAGAGGUAGUACGGACUAGCGAUACAAGACCCCACUCAGACGACCACACCGUCACGGUUGGAGACGUCCGUCUCUUCCCUGGCAUGGGCCCUCUCUUAUUAAAAAAAAUUCUAGGUGGCCCAGGAUCUCCCAGGGGCAUUGGGGCGCGAAUAUGGGGGCUGAUACACGGGGUGGAUAACACUGAGGUUCUACAAGCUCGAGAUCUACCGACGCAAAUCAGCAUUGAAGACUCAUACGGUCGCUUAGACACUUUCAAAGAAGUCAGGAAAGAGCUGGUUGCUCUGACAGUCAGCUUGAUCCGGCGCAUGCGGGUUGACCUGACUGAGAUGGACCCUGAUGUCCAUUCCCCAGCCGGCGAGCCCGCUGCAGCUGAUGCUCUUAAUGCAAAACGACAGCUCCGAUGGGUGGCUCACCCAAGGACUCUUCGUCUCUCGACGUGUCCUCGCCCAGCUCCAGGCUCCGAUCAGCCAGAGCGCCAUGGUCUCAACCGGAUAUCACGUUCCGCACCUCUUCCAUCCUACGUCUUCAACCUCGAUGAGAACGUGGAUGCUUUGGCAGAGCGACUUGUGCAAGACUUGGCGAUGUCAAUGUUCCGGAAGCUUCACCCUGAAAACACGGGUUGGAACCUCCGUGUUCUAAAUAUUGCCGUGACUAAUAUGAUAGAGAGUGCUGGUGACCAGAAGAACAGCAGCGGUCGAGAUAUUGGGAAGAUGUUCCGUAAACAGGAAGCGACGCAGCACGAUGAUCCUACGCCAGAGCUGGAGAAGAUUACCUUCAGCGGCAUCGCUCAAGGAGACAUGGAUUCGAAGACGGUUGAUCCCGCCGGAGCCAACGGUACCUGGGAGGAGAGCGACGAAGAUGGCGACACGCCGUGUGUCGCCUGUACAAUUUGCGGGACGUUGAUACCACAUUUUGCCAUGCUUGCUCAUGAGACGUACCACACUGCACCGGAUGAUUGA